UACGUGGCACGAGGUUAUUACGUCCAUUCAGAUCCAGGUCGCGUCCCCCUUUCUGUCCGAACGUGAUAUAUACAGAAUAAGGAAUUGUGUUUGUUCUUCGUGAGGCUAGUCUUCAACCUCAAUGGUUUCUACAGGCAGUUGAGUACUUCGAAAUCUGUUCCAGCCCCUUUCUCACACUUCCCUAAUUCCACAUUUACUCUCUGGUCAGCUUUCUUAGUGAUUGGCUAUUUUUGCCACCUGAAUAGGCGCGAGCCAGUAUUAGAAUUUGACAACACUUGUAGAGCAUAUUAAAUUAGACACAAGUAAAAUGACCAAUGAGAAAGAAGCCGAUUAUUUUCCGUAGCUGUGCUUUGAUUGCCUCCAGGGUAUAACAACAUUAUCUCUCACUGAUAGGCUUUGUUGAACUUUGAUGACACCGUAGCCAUAUACGGGAAAGUUGCCAUGACAACGCAAGUACCGACUAUUAUGCGGUAAUUCACGACCUGGGAAGUCCGUCCAGCUGCUGAAGCGCGAGACUCCGGCCCAAGUUCACGUGCAGUUCCUCCCUUCCUGGAAUGCAGCUGAUGUGAAGCUCCAUUUGUUCGUCUGCUCUGGCUCUGAGAGGACACUACGGUAUACCGGCAGUGAGAAGUCGUGUGAGCUAAGCCGUACACUUCACUCUACCCGUCCCAGCGUGCUUCUAUGGGGAAAUAAACCGAACAGAAACUAGGAUUUAUUUUCCCGAGGAUUAAGCGUGCGUCAUCUGUUAUGGCAUUGGCAGUAGCUUCUUGGAGAGACCCGCCACCAAACGACGGAUCUACGGUUACCGAAACCGACUUAGCUCCACAUACUCCAACGGCAGUCUUGAACGGACCCCCUCCACCUAAUACAACGUCUCAGAAUGCAGACAAAAACCUUCAGCACUUGGAAUGUGUGGUCUGUGGGGAUAAGAGCAGUGGUAAACACUACGGUCAGUUUACGUGCGAGGGUUGCAAGUCCUUCUUUAAGAGAAGUGUCAGGCGAAACCUGACCUACACCUGUCGCGGAAACAGGAACUGCCCGGUGGAUCAACAUCACCGUAACCAGUGCCAGUACUGCCGGCUCAAGAAGUGUCUGAAGAUGGGCAUGCGUAGGGAGGCCGUACAGCGUGGACGGUUACCAUCAGCACAACAUGCCCUUCCAGGACAGAUGGCUCUGACCAAUGGAGACUCUAUGAACGGUCAUUCUUACCUGUCCAGUUUUAUCUCUCUCCUCCUGAGAGCAGAGCCAUACGAACCCUCUCGCUAUGGUCAGUGCAUGCAGUCCAACAACAUCAUGGGGAUUGAUAAUAUCUGUGAACUAGCGGCCCGCUUGUUGUUCAGUGCCGUAGAGUGGGCAAGAAAUAUCCCAUUCUUUCCCGAUCUCCAAAUAACAGAUCAAGUAGCUUUGCUCCGACUCGUUUGGAGUGAACUCUUUGUGUUGAACGCGUCCCAGUGCUCCAUGCCCUUACACGUGGCGCCCCUGCUAGCUGCCGCUGGACUACAUGCUUCACCUAUGGCAGCGGACCACGUGGUAGCGUUCAUGGACCACAUCCGCAUCUUCCAGGAACAAGUGGAAAAGUUAAAGGCUCUUCAUGUUGAUGCUGCUGAGUAUAGCUGCCUGAAGGCAAUCGUCCUCUUUACAACUG